AUGCAUAGUGAGAGCAUCCCAGGAACACCCCCACCUCCAUAUCAGACUCUCCCUCCAACGCCAGUUCUAUCUCCAGCUCCAUCGCAUUCACAGUUGACAGCUGGACAUUCACGGCCUGUGACUUUUAAUUCCCAUUCAACGCACCCACCACAAGGCCCGACGGUGUUUUACUACCCACAACCAACAACCGCAACGUAUCCAACAGUACAUCACCACCAGGGAAGCUAUCAUACACCGAAUCAGGCUCAUCCAUGGCCUUUGAGUCAUGCCCAUACUGGUGGCCAUCAAAAUGCACAUUCCAAUACGUACAACCAGUCGGGUUGCGUGCCACCACCAAGAAAGCAACGUCCGUGGCAGUCUUGCAUGAAUCUGACAUCUCUGGCCGCCACACUCAACGACGCCGGCAAUCUUGCUGUAGAGACAUACGAUGCUUUUGCGGGUCAAAAGUCGAGUCGACAGCAGUACACCGCCGCAUUGGAUGCGGUUGGAAUGCGGCUAGACGAAGUAAUCACGUCAAUGGACAACGGGACAUAUAGAGGGGAAACUGAUGAGAUUGUGCUCAACAAUAUACAACCUGAAAAGCCAGCAGCACCUGCACUUCCACCGCGUAGACACGAACGACACAACAAGCCGUCUAAAGACGCGGACAAAAAGCAUCACAGCACGCCAACACAAAGUCAUACUCGCACACGAAUUCCUCCCACAAGCAGCUCCUUCACCAAAUCAUACCAUUACGCCAACGCCUACACUCCAUCCUCUCUACCAAUGCUCAAGCUUCACUUCGAGACCUGGCCUCUACUCUGCCUUGCAGCCACCUAUUCCCGUCGCGCGUACGACAAACCCUCCGGCGCAGAGCGUCAUAUGCAUAUCUCAGGCGACUGGCUCCGCGGCACAAAAGACAUGCUUAUCAAAUCUGUACCUCUUGACGACAUGAACACAAUCGUAUUCGCUAUCCGCGGCACACAAAAUUUCCGUGACUGGGCUGUCAAUAUGCACACACAGCCAACAAGCCCAUCAAAUUUCCUUGAUGACGAGGGAAACCUGUGCCAUUCAGGGUUUCUAAAUGUGGCGCGGAAGAUGGUAAAGCCGGUGGCGAGGCGGUUACAGGAUUUGCUGAACGAAGAUCCGCGCAGAGCGAGCUGUUCGCUCGUUAUUACCGGACAUAGCGCUGGUGGUGCCGUGGCGGCGUUGUUGUUUACGCAUAUGCUUUCGCAGACGGUUACGAGUGAAUUGACCCAUCUGCGUGGCUUCUUCAAGAGGGUUCACUGCGUGACCUUUGGUGCGCCGCCUGUUUCGCUGUUACCUCUACACAAUCCAGAGCUUGGCAGUGAUAGGGAUAACCGUUCGCGAUAUAAUAAGAACAUGUUCUUUGGAUUCGUUAAUGAGGGUGAUCCGGUUGCCCGAGCCGACAAGACAUACGUCAAAAGCUUACUGGAGAUGUAUGCCCGACCAACAGCUUGCAUUAACAACUGUAGCAAGAAAAAGAACCCGAAACCAGUAUGGAAAGUCCCCGAAGCAACGCUUUCGUUGGCUGGACGGCUUGUUGUUCUACGGACUACUUCUUCUUCCUCAUCGUCAAAGAAAAAGAAGGCGAGGAGAAUGAUAGAGGCCGUGAUUGCGUCGGAUGCAGAUCUUAGAGGCCUUGUUUUCGGAGAUCCGUUGAUGCAUGCGAUGGAUUUGUAUGCGCAGCGUAUUGAACAGUUGGCUACGGAGGAAGUGGUGGGGAGAUUGAGGGUUUCUUGA